UCGCCAUUGGCCGCGCCCUCGCGUGUCGCCGUAAGCGCGGCGGCCAUUGGCGGAGGCGCGGCAUGGCGGACGCGGGCGGCUCGUGGCGGCCGCCGCGCCCGUGCGAGGACUACUGGGGGGAGUGGAAGCACUGCCGCGGGCUGCGCCACGCCUUCCACCACUACUACGCGCACGGGGAGCUGCCGGCCUGCGGGCGCUGGCGGGAGGACUACGAGGCCUGCCGGGCCUGGGAGCGGCACCGCGCCGCCGCCGCGCAGGAAGCUUUGUGCAAGAGUGAAAGAGCUCGAGUGAUGGAAAGCCAGAAGUAUGCUCCCGUGUGGACACUCAGGAAGAGCCCCCCACCAGACUGGUAUCUACCCCUUGACCAGGACAAACCAAAUUAGGAGGAUUGUUUGCUGUAUUUGGUCAGUAACUUAAUACACAAUUCAGAACUGUG